CAACCACCUGAGUGGUAUUUGCAGUGCAGAUACAGCUUUUGUUCAACGCAUGGUUUAUUUAUGAAGUAUUUUUGAAGUACGGACUACAUCGGAGUCUUUGGUAACUAGGCUAUGUUCAGCAGGGAACUCUGUGAGAUUUCAGUCUCUGUAGCUCGUUAGCACAGUCCAUCAGCUGGACGAAGUAUUUUGCAUCAACCUGACCUUCUGUGUGAUUUUCAUUGCCAUUAUUUUAAUUUCUGUGACUGUACAAAUAUUCAAGAAUCAUCGAUUUUCUCUGGUUACAAUUCCCUCAAUAUUGACCUGGUCAAUGCUGGAAAACAUAUGCUUGUGACAUAAUUUUUUUGAAAUAAAUCACAGAAUAUUUGAUAUUGCUGAAAAACGAUGGCCCAACCACUAACAAGCUCUUUGGAAAAUAGGGCUGAGAAAAAUUUAACAAGAGGUGAGAGAGAUCAUCCUAACCAGGAGCGCCACCGUGACCGACGUCACCACAAUGAGCGUUCCUAUCCUCGCAGGGAUCAGGAUGGUGACAACAGACAUCACCAAGGAAGGGACUACUCUAAACAAAACAGGGAUCGGGACAGAGAUAGAAGAAAGGAACGAUCAGAAGAGAAAAGUUCUCAUGCUAGAGGUGGCUAUGGUCAUGAGCAUCAUACAAGAGAGAACCGAGACAGGAAAGAGAGGGAACACUACAAAAGGGAGAAUCGAGACCAUCAUCACAACCAAGAAAGAAAACAACGUAAUUUUCAUGAGCUUGAAAAUUAUGAAAAACACAGCAAUCAACAGCGUUACAGAAAUGAAAAAGAGGUUUCUUUGCCAUCUGAUGAAAAAGUUCCCUACAGACCUAACAAUUAUGCUGAAACUCCACCUCCAGAAUAUGUAAUAACCGAAGAUAGAAGUCCGGAGAUGUAUUACUACAAGCCAGAAGAUUCAGGAGGCAUUCUAAGUUGCCACAGCUGUCGUUACCUUUGUACAAAUCGAGGUCUCUGUCAGUUGGUGGAGGUGCUUCUCAAUCUGUUAAUUCUGAUAUGUGGGGCAAUCUCCUACAGUGGCACUGGGGGCUACACAGAUCUCUCCAGCCUAGGAAGUCUCUACUACUACACAUUUGGAUCAGCAUAUAGUGGAUUUCAAGGAGCUGAGGCUGAAAAAGUAAAUGAGUUGGAUGUUGCAUUUUACCAGCUAAAGCUGCCUACAGUCAUUGCCAUAAUGGCAUAUAGUGGGGCUUUGAUGUCCUUUGCAUGCCUUAUGCUGGUUUUAGGCUUGGCUCGGAUACCUUGGCGAUUUCCCUUCUUACUGAUUAUUGAAUGUGUUCUGGAUAUAGCAAUUGCACUUGGCUACAUACCUGCUAUUUACUUUUAUUUUCAACACUUGAUUGAGAGCUACAAUUCAGAAGUGUGUAAAGAGAGAGAGGGUAUGUACAAGAGUAAAGGCUAUGAUGGGUUUAACUGUAGUUUGCACGGUGCUGACAUUGUUGGUGGUCUGUGUGGCUGCCUUGCUAUCGUAAUAUAUGUACUCAAUGCAGUCGCUGCAGUUCUGGCAUUUCGAAAAGUCAGGAGACUGAAAGGUAUGAAAGAAGAAGUCAAUAUCGAAACUACAAUUGUUUAAGCUUAAGUUCAUCUCCCCACGUGUAAAUUCUCAAACAGAAGUAAGGCAUCAGCUUUUGUAAUAUUCUGUUUUAUCUGAUACAUGAAAUUUUAAUAUUUGUGACAUUCAAUUUGGAUUUGAAUGUAACAAAUGAAUUUGUUACAGUUUGAAUUAGAAUAUGAGAAUGUCUUGUUGCAAAAACAACUAGAAUUGAUCUUAAAAGAAUAGUGCAGUAGUGGACUACUUUGGUGUUUUUUGUAGGUUUUGAUAGGGUCAAAAAGCAUCAGAAUUUAAUAACAUGUUACUCAGAAAAUAGCAAGCUCUAUAAAUGUUGUAGAAUUCUUAAGGCUUCAGCAUUCAAACAUAGUUGUAAAAUAUUAGAUGCUUUAAGAGAAGAAUACCUUCAGAAAGAAAUCACAAAAGUCACUGAACUCUUCAUUUUUAAUUUGAUCUAUCUCACACUCCUGCCAAUAUUACUGCACACAUGAACUGAUAUGGUUGGAUGAAGUCGAGAGUUCAGUAGCAGUGGGGCUUGCUGGUAUGCCUGCUCUUCAUUUUUAUUUUUCAUAACUGUGAGUUGGUUAACUUAUAUUUUACAUUUCUCACUUGAGUUAAUUGACAAGCAUUUACUCUCAGAAAGUCAAUUUGGGUAAGUGAUAGACUAAAGAAAUAUCUUGGUUAUUGCAGAGUGAAGUAUCAAUUGCACUCUCCUUCCACAUUGAGUUGCAUGUCAAAUGAACAGUUUAAUCACAAUCUUGCAGAUUACAGUUUUAAGAAAGCACAAAUGAACAAAAUCCAAUAAUUUAAUAGUUUAUCAGAUUUCGAGCAAGUUUUUCAGCUAAGUAAUCCUGUUCAAUUGUGCCAUAUUCUCAGUUAACAGAACAAAAAAAGUUCUUUUUUUUAAUAAAGGAACAAGAUGGUUAAGUGGUUUAGUGCAUGAGCCUGUUCAAGUCGAGAAUUUAGGUUUAUUUAUGGGAUGGAACCAUCAUGUUGAAUGUAAAAAAAAAAAUGAAACAGCAAUUUAAAUAACAUCAAUCGACAUCCACAGCACAAAAUUGAUUGGAGUUGAUAAGCUGUUUGAUAACAAUGAAAAUAUCUUUUAGUGCAAUUUAGAUUUAAAGAUUUGUUGGGGUGUGAACAAAUAGAAACCAUGUUAAAGGGUUAGUGGUGCUUUGGUCCAAUCUCUGGGAUGGAAGAAUGGGGCUCAGGUCCCAUCUUAAGAUGUAGAGAAAAGUCAGAACACAUCCAAAUGAGUUGAUUUUUAAAAACGACUAUGUCCAAGUAGUUAAUUAUGGUUACUAUAAAAAUUAGUAAUGUUCCAUUGCUAUCUUAGUGUACUAGAUGAACAAAAAUCCAAAAUGUUGAUUAAGAAUUUUAAACAUCAUUAAAAUUCUGAACAAAUCUAAAAUGGAGUCAAAAAUAUGUUUUGUAAAUAUGCCAGCUUUACUCACUACUCACCUUUUAUAACUACUGAAAAAUUGUAUUUUGAAUUUUAGUAUGCUUAAUUUUUCUAUUUUUGAAGCAUUUAUACAUUGUAUGUAUUAGAUCAUAUUUUGAUCUGGUUGAUUUAUUAAAGAUGUUGCUUUUAAUAUUAGUAAACUAUAUAUAAUGUAAUAUUUGCUUUUGUUCAUGUUACUAAAGAUGUUAGCAGAAUGAAACUAAAGUACAUAGAACUAACAGUGAUGUUGAGAACUAGCACAAUUGUUGCAGCUUCAAAAUGAACGCUAAUAAACUGUUCUGAAUUUUAAAA